UGGCAUGGGCGAAGGAAUAUUCAUGAUACCCUCGGAAUGCAGGCCAUGUUGGCGUCCUCGGCCAUGGUGCUUUAAUGUUCUUUUUACUAGGCAGAUGGCCAAGCGAAAGAGUGACUCGGGAAGGAGCUUCAGCGCCAGUGGACAUUUCGAAGCUGUAAGGUUGUAGGUUGUGGCGAAAUGGAUAACGCAAAGAAAGAAAGACGUACAAUAACGAGCUUGGUACUAUAAAGAAAUCAGGGGAUGAUGAAAGCUGUGGACACUAGCUGGAGAUCUCGGAGCUAUAUACAUACAUUAUUUAUAUUCGACGCGAUACAUCACGCGAAUAGACGUCACUCAUAUUUUCGACGUAGAAUUAGAUUAGGCUUGCCAAGUACUGGUGACUGGAAAUUCCUGCUCCAAUGCAGCUGUUCCUUGAAUUGCACGGAGGCUUCGUUAUUAUGGUUGAACUCGAAGGUUAACCUUACAGUGUCAUAUCUAUCUGUAUGUACCACCGCUUCAUAUCCGUGCAAUGUGGAGCACGUUGCCGUAUACCUCACAUUUCCAUAUCGGGCAUCUACACCUCAUAUCAAGGAUGAAACAGGAUUUUCACUGGAGGCUACUGAAGGAUUGUGCCAGGACGCACUGCCAGUGUGCGCCUGGAGCUUCUUUAUCGGAGAGAUAUGGAGAAACCUGGAGAAACAUCGGUUGCUUUUCUUGGACUUCAAGCAGUUUGAAACUUUUUUGAACAUACAUAUUCAAAUUCCUUAUCGAAGAGACCCUCAGAAAAUGCCGGCGGAUAUCAGUAGCCACAAGUUACCUAUGAAUCACAGCAUGGACCGCAGUAGAGUUCAAAAAAACAAGUUGCCGAUUUGUUCACGGUGACGUAUUUAGAAAGCGCGGUCACAUGACAAGGUUUCCACGUGCUACCAAGGUUGAUCGUUGACGGUUGCAAGUCAUCGUCCUGUCAUCGUCCCCCGGGUCUGCCAUGUCCAUCUUCACUCUUGGG